AUGAAGAUUCAGAGAAAUAAAGUGGAUCAUAAGAACAACUCAGGAAGCAUGGAGAUAGUUGCAGAACAUCAGGAUGAUAUUUAUGUUCUUGGAAUGGUUAUAAGUAUGGGAGAUAUGGUAACAUCGAGCACCACUCGAAAAAUACAGAUUGAUGCGAAAACACAGCAGAGGAUAUCACUUACAUUGAAGAUCAAGAUAGAGACAGUUAGUGUUGAUCUUGGAAGUUCCACAAUAUAUUUGAAAGGAAAAACGGUUGUGAUGCAUGAACAUGUGAAGUUAGGAUCAUAUCACACAAUAGAUAUAGUGCCUGGUCAUGCAUUUGAAUUAGAGAAGCAAGAAUGGCCAUGUCAAUCAAUCAAAUUGCUUAAAGAGGCGACUAAGCCACAACCAGAAAUGAUUUUUAUAAUAUUCUAUGAGAAGGAAUGUGUUGUUUCUGUAGUCUCAAAAGCCAGAGUCAGUAUUUUAAUCAAGCAAGAAAUAAAAAACAAGAAGUUCUGUAAUAUUAUCAAGACAUUAGAAAAGCAUGUGAGUAUGAUUGAUCUUUUUGUAGUGGCAAGUGCAUUUGAAGUGCGAAAUGAAUUCUACAAGGCUGUUUCAUUUGCAAAAGAGCUUUCUAAAGUGUUGAAAAGCUUUUGUGUGGUGAAGGUUCCUGCAGAAUGUAAAGGAUACUCAAAUUUGAAGGUUAUCAAUACGAUUCUUACAAACAAGGAGCUUUCAAAAACGUUCCAGGGAAUUCAGUAUGUGGAGGAUCUGAAGCAAGCAGAGAAUUUUUUUGUUGCAUUCGCAAAGGGCUCUGAAUUGGUUUGCAUUGGGAUGGAGGAUAUCCGAGAGGCUAUGGAUUAUGGCGCAUUGGAAAGAGUGGUGAUAAUUGAUGAGAAGGUUAAGCCGAACAAUAUUGAAGAGAGGAUAAAGGCAGAAAUGUUCUGUAAGGAGCUGGGAGCAAUUAAUUGUAAAAUAUCGAUUAUUCCAGCAGCGCACUUUUGUGGAGAGAAGUUGAAGGAGAUGGGCGGCGUAUGUGCGAUGCUGAAGUUUAAUUAUAAAUGA